AUGGCCAAUGGCAAGCCGGAGAGACAGAUCGAGCUCGCAGGUCUGCAACCGGCUCCGCCUCCGGGCCCGCCAACCCGGGCGCGGUCGAGGUCUGGGGCGAGGACGGUGGCCAAUCGCCAGACUGACGAGGUCACCGACCAACCGGUCAAACUCGGCAGGGUUCUCGACACUUCGCCAAACACCAAGAAGCGGCGCCGGCGAAAGAUCUGCCGCGGGCCGAUCAAGCAGACUUCGUUUGAGCAUACGGCGCUCGACCUUGGCGCGCUCAAUGCUCUUGCCAAACUCCCGCCGAUCGGCGGCGACGGCGGCGAAGGCGCGAGCUCCGAGCGAGCAGAGGCAGGCGACGGCGACGGGUGCCGAGCCUGCGGGAGCGCUACGGCCAACGCCAUGUUUGUGCCUUGCGAGCAUGUGCUCCUCUGCGCCACCUGCGCAGCAGCCAUCGAGCCGGCGUUUUGCGUUGCGUGCUGGACGCGGGUCGACGGACACAAGGCCACGUUUGUCACAUGA